AUGAUUAAUGAAGGGUGUCGUUUUAAUUCACUUUCACCCGUCUUGUUGCAGUCACUGCUGGCCGGCGUUAAGUACUUUUUAACCGCCAGAUCAAUAUGGAGCGUGUUCAGGGAUUGGCAACGUCGUGUGGACGAGGAUGUCAUCGGAAACGAAGAAAGAAUAAACAGAACUACUGAUAAAGCUGCGAGCGGGAGACGAAUUGCAGCGAGAGAAUCCCGCGAAGGAGAAGAAAAUAAGACAGAGACGAAAGACAACAAGCAGAAUCGAAGGUAUACAAGGAGAAGAGGACACAAGGCGCAGUCUCAGUAUUAGAACUACGUACAGAAGAAGAGUAGAGGGGAGCGUAGCGCGAUCAGAGACGACAAAGUGCUAACCAAAAGAAGAAUAUAUUCGACUAAUAAUCACAAUAAAACUAAAAACAAUAACAAAGAUAAAGCUAAAGCUAAAGGAAAAAAAUUAAAAACACAAGGGAAAGGAAAGAUUUACGAAGAAAUUUGGAGAUUAAACACUUGAAAAAAAAAGGAAAAA